AUGGCCCAAAGGCUCAGGAUUGGAGCUGCUGGGCUCGGUCGUAUGGGCGCUCGUCACGCCAUCAACUUCCUUCACCGUGCCCCUCGUGCAGAGCUUGUAGCAGCUUUUACUCCAGAUCCAAAAGAGCUUGCCUGGGCUAAGGUCAACUUGGAGCCUCAUGGAGUCAAGCUCUACAAAGACUACGACGAGACGAUCAAGCAGGAGGGCUUACAGACUGUUAUCAUCAUCUUCCGCAGUCAAACCUGCGAUAAGCAUGACCCCGGCGGUUUCUUCGUUGAAUAUGCAGCAUGGUCUGGAGGUGUGUUUGUCGACAUGUCGGUUCACGACAUUGACCUUGCCCUGUGGUUCUUCGGCGAUGACAUCCGUGAGAAGAGUGUCUCUGCAUACGGUGUACGAGCAAUCAAGUCCGAGCUGGCCAAAUACAACGACUUUGGCAACGCCUUAGGCAUCGUCGAGUUCUGGGAUGACAGAGUUGCCAACUUCUACUGCUCGAGAAUGAUGGCAUACGGCCAAGAAGAUGUGACGGAGAUUAUCGGUACCACAGGAAAAUUGGCUGUCAACGGAAACCCUCAGAAGAACUUGGUCAACUACUAUGGGCCACAAGGAGUGACUCGAGAAGUUCCAGCUCACUACUAUGGCCGCUUCGAACAGGCAUUUGUGGGAGAAGCCAAUGAAUUUGCUGCCGCUUGUCUAGACGACAUGAGGCUUUCAUUGAACCUACGCAACGCUGUAAAGGCGGUCGAAAUCGGNCUGGUCAAAGGUACCCAGAUUCGUCUCAACGAGGCUGGACAACGUAUCUCGGAUACGUCAACUCCCAAGCUGUAG